UAAAUCAAUGCAGAUGGGAAACGUCCACAGAGUCCUGGGAAGAAACUGCUUUUCUCCUUUCUUUACAAACAAGUAGAGACACUGGGAUAUCAUGCGGUUCAGCGUCCUCUUCUUCGUCGUCCUCCUGGGCUUCCUCUACCUCACACUGGCUCAAGGCUCGUAUGAGGACUGCUGCCUUAAGUACAUCAGGCAUAUGAAACCGCCCAUGAAGAACAAAGUGAGCAGCUACAGAAAACAAGAGAUGGACGGAGGCUGCAACAUCCCUGCUAUUGUCUUCACAAUGAAACAAGGCCGUAUGUUUUGCGCUGAUCCCAGAGAAAAAUGGGUCCAUGAACUCAUGCAGAAGGUGGACAAACAAGCAUUCCAUUCUUCCAAGAGGAAGAAUGUAAGGGGCUAAACAAGAGAGAGGACCAGAGGGAUGCUGCCUGAGUGUCUCGGCCAAUCACAUUCUUUCUUUGAGUUACGGCUCUCCAAGCGCACAUUUCAGCAUGGAUUGACUGAUGUUCUCAGUACUUCCUGUAUUCCGCCCUGUGCUCUAUGUGGGAUCAGGUGGUAUUUCCUGUUUCCAGACCUUUGUCGCUUCACUGAUGGACUGCUGGUUAAAUGCUCAAAAUGGGAGAUGGCCAUUAUUUCCCCUUUCCACAUGCUGCUGUAACCCUCACUUCCAGGCUCUGUUACAAAACCUUCUGAACUGCCUUGAUGUCUGCUUCUAAGUGACUCUGCAUUGAAAGCAACUUAAUCAGCGCUCAGUUAGUGCUCCUCAUGUAAACCGCACAGGAAACUUACAAUUCGGCAAUGCAUGUUGCUAAGCUAACAAUACAAUAAUCUAAUUAUAACCGUAAAAAAUAAAUCUAUAUAAAAAGCAUAUUUGAAUACCCUGCGCAAUGUAUGCAAUAUAUGAUGCUUGCUAAGUAGGCAGCUCACUAGGUUUUAGAACAGAGCUUAAAUGUACAGCGUCACCUUGAGGGUCAUAUUAAGCUAUUGUAUUAUGAACUUUCACUUUGCACACUUUGAUUUACUGCUUUUUGCCCCAUGGUAUCUAUAAUAAACAGUCAAUGUGAUAAAAAUAUUAGGCAACAAGUUGCCAUAAAUGUGGGUGGGAAGGUUUUGCAACACAGAUAAUCCUUCUAUUUCCUUAUGAGUUUAUUAUACAGCUUACACACCGACAAGUGAUUUUUGGAGUUUGUACAAUAUUAUAAUGCAUUGUAAAUUAUGAUUUGUUACUGUGCUUAAUGCAGUAAGCUUAAGUGAUUAUUAUUUUAGUUAUUGAUAAAAUGAAUAUGCAUAGAUCUCAUUUAUAUUCGUAAAUCUAAAUCUCUUCAUUCUGUGAGGUUUUAUAAGUUUAGUAGAGUUUUUUUUUUUUUUUUAUUUAAGUGGAACUACUUUUUCACAUUUAAUGUUCACUUUAACACCCAAUCCAGAGAAUGUAUCUUUAUAGAGGACGUGAUGCAAUCAGUUUUAUUGUUUGGAUGUUUUGAAACUGGGUCACAUGCUCUUUGGGUUCCGUACCUGAUAAAGUGUUCUAUACACUGCAGAUUUUUUGCUCAUAUAUGAAAAUUAAAAAAAUUAAAAAAAAAAAAAA